CUCGCGCGGGAAAUAGGCAAGUCCGUGAGCGCAGCCAAAGUAGCGCCCAUCUACAGGCUUAAUCCCAGAAGCAGAAUGUCAAAAAUAGAGAAGAUGAGCAUCCUCGGAGUGAGGAGCUUUGGUGUAGAAGACAAGGACAAACAAAUAAUAUCAUUCUUCAGUCCUUUGACGGUGCUGGUCGGACCCAAUGGAGCGGGCAAAACGACUAUCAUUGAGUGCCUUAAGUAUGUCACUUCAGGAGAUUUUCCCCCUGGAAGCAAAGGAAACACGUUUGUCCAUGAUCCAAAGGAUGCCCAUGAGACAGAUGUGCGUGCCCAGAUUCGCCUGCAAUUCCGAGAUGUCAACGGAGAGCCUAUAGCAGUUCAGCGGUCUAUGCAAAGCACACAGAAGGGCAAAAAAGCACCAGAGUUCAAAACCCUUGAAGGAGUCAUCACAAGAAUUAAGCAUGGGGAGAAGGUUAGCCUGAGCUCUAAAUGUGCCGAGAUAGACCGGGAGAUGAUCUCUGCUCUGGGCGUUUCAAAAUCGGUCCUCAACCAUGUCAUCUUCUGCCACCAAGAGGAAUCCAACUGGCCUCUAAGUGAAGGAAAAGCCCUCAAGCAAAAAUUUGAUGAGAUUUUCUCAGCUACAAGGUACAUCAAGGUGCUGGAAACCCUUCGGCAACUGAGGCUGAAGCAGACAAACACUGUCAAGUACUGUCAGACAGAGCUGAAAUAUCUGAAGCAGAACAAGGAGAAGGCUCAGGAGAUCAAGGAGCUGCUGUCCACUAAAGAAGCCCAGCUAGCAUCAUCUAAAGACAAUGUACAGCGUUUUGAAAGCCAGAUCGACCCACUAGAGAAUCGUUUGAAUGAUAUUGAUGACAACCUAGGUAAAGUUAUGAAACUGGAUAAUGACAUCAAGGCUCUGGACAGUAGGAAGAAACAGAUGGAGGAUGACAAUUGUGAAUUAGAAGAGAAGAUGGAACAGGUAUUCCAGGGUUCAGACGAGCAGUUAAAAGAGAUGUAUCAGAACCACCAGCGCACUGUGAGGGAGAAAGAGAGGAGACUGACAGAAUGUCAGCAGGACCUGGAGAGGGCAGGUCGAGAGUGCCAGAGAAUGAACCGCCUCAAAGGAGACCUGCUCGUUGAGCAGGGGCGUCUCCAGAUGGAAGCAGACAGACACACGGGGCACAUAAAGAACAGGGAUGCUCAGGUGAAAUCUCUGGCUUCUUACCUGGAAAUGGAGGGCUAUGACAGGACUCCCUUUAAUGAGAGGCAACUCCAGAGCUUCCACACACAAGUCAAAGAGAGAGAGGACCACGAGACUGAGGCCCUCAAACAGAUUAUGGCUAACAUGCAAGAGAAAGAGACACAGAAGCAGCAGAGCAUCGACGAGAUCCGUGAUAAGAAAACGGGCCUGGAGAGAACCAUUGAGCUGAAGAGGGACAUUCAGGCCAAGAAGCAGCAGGAGCUUAAGACCAUCAAGUCUGACCUCCAGAGACUGGAGGGCUCCUCUACCAGACUGCAUGAGCUAGAGUCUGAGCUUAUCAAAGCGGAGCGAGAGCUGGAUAAUACUGUGCAGAGUUCCACAGUGGACACUCUUAAGGUAGAAGUACAGCAGUUGCAGAGAGAGAAGUCAGAACUUGACCAGGCUCAACGCAAACUAGACCAGGAGAUGGAGACUCUCAACAUGAACACCACAGCACGCACACAGAUGGACAUGCUCAAGAAGGAUAAGAUGGAAAAAGAAGAUCAGGUUAGGAAAAUAAAGUCCAGGCACAGUGAAGAACUAGUUUCUCUGCUGGGCCACUUCCCGAACAAGAGAGAACUGGAGGACUGGAUCUAUAGCAAAUCCAGAGAGAUCAACUCGAUUAGAGAGAAACUAGGCAAACUCAAUAAAGAGUUGGCAUCCAAAGAGCAGAAUAAGAAUCACUGUACGGCUGAGAUUCGACACAAGGAGCAGCAGCUGUCCAGCUAUGAGGAGAAGCUGUUCAAUGUAUGUGGCAGUCAGGACUUCCAGUCAGACCUGAGCAAGCUGCAGGAUGAACUGGAUAAGUGCUCCAAGCAGAGAGCCAUGCUGGCCGGUGCCACAGCCGUGUACACCCAGUUCAUCACUCAGCUGACAGAGGAGGGCGAGCCAUGCUGCCCAGUAUGCCAGCGCCUCUUCCCCUCGGAGGCUGAGCUCCAGGAUGUCAUCAGUGACAUGCAGUCCAAGCUGCGUCUGGUUCCAGACAAGCUGAAGAACACGGAGCAUGAACUGAAGAAGAAGGAACGCAAGCGUGAUGAGAUGAUUGGCCUCAUACCAGUCAGGCAGUCUAUAGCAGAGCUCCAGGAGAAGGAUCUGCCAGAGAUGAGGAAUAAACUGCAGACUGUGAACCGCGAGAUCGAGAAGCUGAAGAGGGACAUAGAGGAGCAGGAAACUCUGCUGUCCAUGCUCAUGUCUGAGGAGGACACAGCCAAAGCAUGCCUACAGGACAUUUCCCUCAUGGACCGCUACCAGCUAGACCUUAAGGACGUGGAGAGGAAGAUAGCACAGCAUGCAGCUAAGCUUCAGGGAAUGGACCUGAGCCGCACUAUGCAGCAUAUCAGCCACGAGAAACAGGAGACCCAGCAUCGCCUGGAUACCACCUGCAGUAAGAUGGAGCUAAAGCGCAAGAUGAUCCAAGAUCAGCAGGAGCAGAUCCAGACCCUGAAAAGCAGCGUGAAUGAGAUCUGUGCCGAGAAGCUCCACAUCUCAAGCGACAUGCAGAAGCAGCAGCAGCUGGAGGAGCAGUGCGUGGAACUCACCACUGAGAUCCAGGCACUGCACAGGGAGAUACAGGAAGCAAAGGAGCAGGUCUCUCCGUUGGCUGCCACUUUGGAGAAGUUGCAGCAGGAAAAGCAGGAAUUGAUUGAGCGCAGGAGGCAGAAACAAGAAGAAGGCCAGGAGAAGGUUAAUGCAAUUAAAGAGAGAUUUAAAAACUUGUGUGUUCUCGAAAGAGAAAUUAAGAAGUACAUCGAGGAAGGAAAAGAUAACUACAAAGAGCAAAAAGAGGCAGAACUUCAAGAGACAAAUACCCAGCUGCUUGAGGCUGAAAAGCAACGAGAAAAGAUCAACAAAGACAUGGGCAAUAUCCGACAAGACAUAGACACUCAGAAGGUACAAGAACGAUGGCUUCAAGAUAACCUGACACUGAGAAAGCGUGUAGAGGAGCUGAAGGAGGUGUCCAAGAGAAGGGAGGUGCUGCUGAAGGAGAUGGGCAACAUGAAGGUCUUGGAGUUGCGCAAUGAGCGGCGGGAGUUAGAGCGGAAAGUGGAGGAUCUGAAGAAGAAUCGCAGUGUGGCUUUAGGCCGCCAGAAGGGCUUUGAGGAGGAGAUCCUGCGCUUCCGCAAGGAACUACGUGAGGACCAGUACUGCCAGGCUGAGGAGAGAUACCGGGACAAGAUGAUAGUCAUGAGGACCACCGAACUGGCCAAUAAGGACCUGGACAUCUACUACAAGGCCUUAGACCAAACCAUCAUGAAAUUUCACAGUAUGAAGAUGGAGGAGAUUAACAAAAUUGUUCGGGAUCUGUGGAGAAGUACAUAUCGUGGACAAGAUAUUGAGUAUGUGGAGAUCCGUUCUGAUGUGGACGAGAAUGCCUCAGCUGGGAUGAAGAGAAGAACCUACAACUACAGGGUGGUGAUGGUCAAAGGAGACACCGCUUUAGAUAUGCGGGGCCGUUGUAGUGCUGGGCAAAAGGUCCUGGCAUCCCUCAUUAUCCGACUGGCUUUAGCUGAGACUUUCUGUCUGAACUGCGGCAUCCUAGCCCUGGAUGAGCCCACCACCAAUCUGGACAGAGAGAAUAUUGAGUCCCUGGCACAUGCCUUAGUGGAAAUCAUCAAGAGUCGUUCUCGCCAGCGUAACUUCCAGCUGCUUAUCAUUACCCACGAUGAGGACUUUGUGGAGCUCCUGGGCCGCUCCAACUACGUGGAGCACUUUUACAGGAUCAAGAAGAACCAGGAGCAGUGCUCUGAGAUCACCAAGUGCAGCAUCUCUAGUCUGCACACCUUUCUGCACUGAGACCUACCCUGGAAGUAUGGCCUGCUUAUGAGAACCUUAUAGAGAAGGUUCCAUGAAUGAGAAGCAUGCGUGGACAUUUGCAAUACAGGUGUAAGCAAGUUGCUGUACUAUAAUACUAAAUAAUAUAAUACAGACAUGAACGUUUCAUUUUAGCUUUGAAAAAUAGCAAGAUGUGACUGGAAUUCCUGUAACUUUUUCGCCAUUUUUAAACUACAAAUUACUAGGUUAAUAUUAAUAAAAGUCUGGCAGCAUACCUGAUCAAACCAGCCAUAUGAAUCCGAAUUUUUUAUGGGCUUCUUCAGCUCUUCUACCUGAUGCUAACAACUGUGUAUUACUGUGUAUUACAUUCAUGACCCCAAUGUCAAUGGAAAGAAGUUGGAGGGCACAUUCCUUUUGUUCUAAAUUGUUUGUUACUGGUAUGAAUCCAGUCAGAUUACAUUUAUUUGUUUCUUUUUUUUUCCCCCACCACAUUUAUGCACAAGUGUGAAACAUGGUUCAUAUGGUUUGAAUAUAUGCACUGCGAAACUACAGGCUCAGUUGCUAUUAUGUCUUCUUUGUACCAAACACUGGUACUUUGAUUGAAUCUCAGAGAAAAUAAGGCAAAUCUAUUCACUCUGACGGAGUCCGUGUAGUCCAUUUGGGAAUUUGUUUGUAUGCACCAACUUUUGUACCUCUGCCAUUUUGCAUUUGUUGAUGUGUUGUAAAGAUUUUUUUACCUUGACAAACUCGUAUGGGGUUUUGUACCAGGUUUAUUAUGAUUCAGAUCUGACAAUAUUAUAGGGUGCACUGCAGCAUUCAAGAUGGUAAAUUCCUUUCUUUAAUUCACAACUCUGUAGACAUGACAUAUGUAGACAUCAGAGUUAUUUGUCUAAAUCUGAAGAAGGAGCUCUGAAUUCUCAAAACCAAACAUGGUAAUCAGCACCCACUGCAGAGGUUCAUGUCUGAAAGCAUUAUAAUCUUUCUUGGCAAAUUGUCAUUUGUCACUCUGAAUUCCGCUGUUCAGAGAACUUGAAGCAUCACCAAAUCAACCACAUCUUCAUCAAGAUUACCAUGACGGGUUCACGAAUGCUUACAGUGCAAAAUAGCUUUACUGGGAAAAAAAAUGCUGGUUUACGUUCAGGUUUCAUGUGCGUGUAUGCAUAUAUAUACAUGCACUGCAAGUGUUAGGAUGUCAGAAGAAUCGAGUUCAGCCUCAACAAAGCAAGAUGAAGUGUGUGAUUGUGUUACUUGUUGCUACUGCCUGUGUCCAUGGUAUGCUUCACAAAGAAAACUUAAAAGAAAUAAAGGUGCAGGUAGAACAUCUCUUGAAAAAUCUAA